AUGAAACUCGACGUAUUGAAGCGGCGAAACGCGGGAGACCAACGGAAACAGGAUGCGGGAUUCCGGCGACGGUGGAUCUACAGCACGAACGAAGGCACCUACAACGGAGCAGAAAAAACGCAAGAACAGCGAGCUGAAGCGAACGGUGCGAACGGUGCGAACGGCGCGAACGGCGCGAACGGCGCGAACGGUGCGAACGGUGCGAACGGUGCGAACUGUGCGAACGGUGCGAACGGCGAAGCGAACGGUGCGAACGGUGCGAACGGUGCGAACGGUGCGAACGGUGCGAACUGUGCGAACGGUGCGAACGGUGCGAACGGUGCGAUCGGUGCAAACGGUGCAAACGGUGUGAACGGUGCGAACGGUGCGAAGGGUGCGAACGGUGCGAACGGUGCGAACAGUGCGCAACUUAAUCACAAGUGA